UUCCCUUGGAUCAUUCUUAGAAUGCUAUUAGGAUCAGUAAGUUGUCAAAAUUAACCAAGUUGGAAAGGAAAUGAAUCGCUGAACAGGUGCUUGUUCUGUGACUCUUGAAUUAAAAUGGCAACUAGAGGAAGGGGCAAAAGAGUUCCAUUUGACACAAAGGCGGGAUUUCGUAAGCAGCAAGGAAAUGAGUCACGCGAAGGUGUUCACGCACAGAUUUUGAAACAGGCGCGGCAAAGUGGACAGCUCAAUCUCUCAGGCAGAGGUCUUGAAACAGUCCCGGACAAAGUAUGGAGACUGAACCUGGAUGUUCCGGAGGAAGCUAAGAAUGUGUCUCUGGACAACUCGGAGGACCGGUGGUGGGAACAGGUGGACCUCACGAAGCUGCUCCUUGUGUCCAACCUCCUGACAGAACUCUCCGAGGGCAUUGUCAACUUCCCCGCUCUCACCGUACUCGAUGUCCAUGACAACAGAUUGGAGUCUUUACCUCAGGCCUUGGGUCAGCUGGAGUGCCUCACAAAGCUUGACGUCAGUCGUAACAAGCUGAAGACCCUGCCUCUGUGUGUGUGCCAGUUGAAGAGCCUGGUCAGCCUACAUAUAGAGCACAAUGAAGUCACAGAACUUUGUGAUGAGAUCAAAUACCUACACAAACUGGAGGAUUUGGAUGUGUCCAACAAUCAACUGAUGACACUGCCUCGUUCCAUCGGCCAUCUUAGUCGCCUUCUGCGUCUCAAUGUGUCGCAGAACAAGCUGACAAACCUACCUCCAGACAUCGGCUGUAUGGAUGGGUUGAAGUAUUUUGAAGCCACACACAAUCAGCUGGUCCGCCUGCCGGAUGAGUUCGGGAACCUGCGUCACCUCGAACAGCUGUAUCUCCGUCACAACAAGCUUCCUUACCUCCCUGUGCUAGAGAACUGCGUUAACCUCAAGGAACUGCAUGUAGGGAACAACGAUAUCAAGGGUUUGACAGCCGAACAUCUACAGCAUCUGACGACCAUCAACAUCCUGGACCUCCGAGACAACAAGAUUGCAGUGCUGCCCGAUGAGAUCACAUUACUCCAGGGGCUACAGAGGCUCGACCUGACCAAUAACGACUUGAGUGGCCUCCCCUACGGCCUGGGCACAAUCAACUCCCUCAAGUCACUUGUCCUGGACGGCAACCCCAUGAAGGGGAUCCGGCGAGACAUCAUCAUGAGGGGCACGAUGCAGUUGAAGAAAUACCUGAGUAGUCGUAUCGAGGAGGCAGAGCCAGUGAAGCAGAACGGCAGUUCAGGCCUGUCAACAGGAGGCCCUGGAGUGCUGGGGGCGGGGGAGGAUGGCGUCAAAGCGCACGAUCUGCAUCAGUUUAAGAAUCUUGACUAUAGCAACAAGAAAGUGAACGAGGUACCGCUAGAUGUGUGGGAAGCAGCUUCGAAAGCUGAAGUCAACUCUGUAAACCUCAGCAAGAAUACUUUCACCCAAAUACCUGACAAGCUAACGCUGUUGAGCAACUCCCUGAAGGAACUCAACAUGGGCUUCAACAAGCUGACAGUCCUUAACUCGGACAUCGGUCUGUUUCUGCAGCUGACCACCCUCGACCUCAGGUGCAAUGCCCUGUCAGACUUGCCAGGGGAGAUGACCUCAUUACAGAAUAUAAGGGAGGUCAUUCUGUCGAAUAACAGGUUUACCCAAGUUCCUCCAGUGUUGUAUCAACUGCCAAAGUUAGAGAUCCUGUUAGCCAGUGACAACAAGAUUGAAGUGAUUGAUGCUGCCAGUCUGAUGAAGCUGACAAUGCUGGCGACUCUUGAUCUACAGAAUAACAACUGUACCCAGUUCCCACCCGAGCUGGGUAACUGUGAGUCCAUCAGAUCACUGCAACUUGCAGGGAACCCUUGUCGCAAUCCACGACCAGCAAUACUUGCCAAGGGCACUCCUGCUGUCAUGGAAUACCUCCGCAGUAGGAUUGUCACAUGAGUUAUCUCCCUUUAACACAUGGGACAAAGAAUGGUAUGGCAAUAUUCUUUUGGACACAUUUAAAUGAAAUUGAAGUUUGUUAUUCAGGAAAUUCUACACAUUGAUUAUAUUGAUUGUAAUGUACAAGGGUUACUUGUUUAUAUAGUAAUAACAAUGGUGUUUGAGUAUGUAUACUUCAUAUGUAUGUACAGUCGUGCCUCGUUUAUACAGACACUUGCGUCAUUUCACAAUUCGUCCGUAUAAACGAAUUUCCGUAUAACUGAAACCAGCUUCUUACUGGAAGAGUUACUUCCCUUCAAUUAUGAGGGUGUUUUUCCUGAAACAGAGAAAUUUCCCUUUUUUCGCAUGCUGUAACUGCGUGUCGCUUACGUGUCGCUGGUUGACAGGCCAUACUCACAGUUUGAAGUCACAACUUUGACCUCUGACCUCCACAGACGCCAUAUUUAUCGAAUGGGAUUACAUGUACAAUAAACUUGCUCGUCUCGAUCGUAACUCAGUGUCACUUGGUUAAUUGACUUCACACGAAUCAAAGGAUUAC